AUGAAAAUCGAAAUACUUGAAGGAACUGUUUGGGACGUCAAGACGUCAACUACCAUUAAAAUACAAAAGAUUAACAAGAAAAAGAUGAAUGUUGAGUCCAGUUUGGACGAAUCCACUCAGAACCUAGUCCUUGGCGAGUGGAAGCUGUUCACUGUAGACGUGUUGUUGUUGGAGAAUGAACAACUUUUGCAUCGUUUUCUGGAAUUGCAUACAAUGGCUCGAAAAGGUUAA